AUGGUGAUAGAUAUAGAAGGAGAGGAACUGAAAGUAAUAGUAGAGUUUGUUCAUGACAUGUUGGACAUACCAACUGGUGGAACCAUACUUACACAACUGGAUCAAUGGCCUAAAGAUGAUACAAGUUAUGAUGAAUGGAAGCAACAAUUUAAAGAAGGUUCAAUCAUCCGACUGAAUGCAAUAAAAAAAGUUAUUGUUUCUACCAUACAAGAUGAUUUCAAUUUCAAAUUGAACUUCUUAGUUCUUUUUGUCAACACGUUUUGUGAGUCAACAUCAAUGGGAAGAUGCAACAUGUUUCCUUUGAGUUAUAUUUCAAGAAAAACAGAUAUUAGCAACAUAGACUGGUGCAGUUACCUUUUGGACUGUCUUGUCAGAACAAAGAACUCAUACAUAUCAUACUCAGAUAACAACUACUUUGUUGGACCUUCAGCUUUCUUGUUGUUCUAUGCUUAUAACAUCCGCUCAGAAGCUUUAACGGUAACACGUAAAUGUCCAACAAUUUGUUAUUGGAGUUCAGAGAAGAUUAGAUAUCGAGAGACAUUUGAACAAGAAGAAGGUAGAUUUGGACUUGGAGAAUUAAAUGGAGAAUUUGUUAAUGAACAAGAUCAAGGAGAUACAGAUCUCGAAGAUGAAGUUGAAGAUAAAGAUGAUUCUGUUGAGGCAUAUGAAUCAAAAUUAGAUAAAAUGCUUAAUAGUUUUGAGAGAAUGAAGGGGAAGCUGAAUUCAAAACUCAAUGAUGCAAUAACAAAGUUCCCUUAA